AUGGUUUCACCCGACGUCCACCACCUUUUCCAUCACCCAAUCGCAGACCAUUCCUUCUCCGCAGACAGGCAGACACUAGCUGUGGCCAGAGACAACAACGUUGAGCUCUACAGCAGGUCUGGGAACAAGUUCAGCUUGCAAGAUGAGCUGAAGGGACACGACAAGACUGUAACAAGUGUCGACAUUGCGCCGAGUACCGGGCGAAUCGUCACUUGCUCGCAAGAUCGCAACGCAUACGUUUGGGAACCGUCACCUUCCGGCUGGAAGCCUACGCUCGUAUUACUCCGCAUCAAUCGCGCAGCUACAUUUGUACGGUGGUCUCCAUCGGAGAAGAAAUUCGCGGUCGGCUCUGGUGCCCGGGUCAUUGCAGUCUGUUAUUUUGAGGAGGAGAAUGAUUGGUGGGUGUCGAAGCAUUUGAAGAAGCCCAUACGAAGUACCAUCACAACUGUGGCAUGGCACCCCAACUCGGUCCUUUUGGCGGCGGGAUCUACAGAUGCGCAUGCGAGGGUGUUCUCGAGCUUUAUCAAGGGGGUCGAUGCUAGACCCGAGAGCAGUGUCUGGGGCGAAAGACUGCCUUUCAACACUGUGUGUGGAGAAUUUUUAAAUAACUCAGCGGGUUGGGUACAUGGCUGUGCUUUUUCGCCAAGCGGCAACGCUCUGGCGUUCACUGCACAUGAUAGUAGUAUCACAGUCGUCUAUCCAAGCGGUCCUGAUGAGCCUCCCACCGCCGUCGUCAGCCUUAGCACGCAACUCCUGCCCUUCCUGAGCCUGAUCUGGAAUGGAGAGAGCGAAAUCAUUGCUGCUGGAUAUGACUGCGAAGUAUACAGACUGCGGGGUAACGAGCAAGGCUGGCAGAUUGUAGGCUCCAUGGAGUCGAAGGGCAGGCCCGGAUUGGAGGAAAUGCGUGAAGAAUCUGCUCUGAACAUGUUUAGGCAAAUGGAUCUAAAAGGAAAGAGCAAGGACGAUACCCAGCUCAAGACAGUGCACCAGAACACCAUCGCCACAAUUAGAACUUAUGAUGAAGCUGGCGGAACCGUCAGAAAGUUCAGCUCCAGCGGUGUUGAUGGACGAGUGGUCAUAUGGUCCACAUGA